UUUAGUUGUGUAAUAACCAGAUAACAAGAUACACAAGACAAACUACUACCACUCGUACUACAAACCACAAGAUGUUUAACAACGUGACAAUAAGACGGCAGCAUCGGCAAAGAUGUUCCGCACUAAGUAAGAAGAUGACGACACAACAUCAAAGAGGCUGUCAAUGCUUGUGGCAUUUAUGUUAAUGUUAAAUACGUCGGUUUGGGCGGCUUACCUUGGCGGAAAGUGAAAUUAAUGAUUUGAAUAGCAUAGAAAAUCCCCAGCAAACAAAGAAUCAGACUACUAUUGAUUCUACUGCAGCUGUCAAACAAACACAACCGGAAACACGUCAGUAUCCUUAUAAUGGUUUUAUGAUGCCAGCAGCACCGCCAGUACCAUCUGUACCAUCCUCUCUCCUGCCUGGCUGUCCUUUGUGUGAUUCAUCGGUUUACAGUUAUUGUUCUCAUAAAUUAAUACACGAUUCAUGUUGCUGUGAUUUUCCAGGUACUUCGGUUUAUCAAAAACCUCCACAAUGCUCCUACUAUGAUUGUUCAUUGUUGUAUGCCAAAUCUUGUUAUGAACAUUCAUUAAUUAAAAAUUGUUGUUGUAAUAAUCCUUAUCAAAUUCACUAAAACAACAAACACAAUUUUGCUAAAUGUUAUUUAUUUUAAAAACUUCCAAACACAAAAUAUUUCU